AUGGCAGCCAACGAAGAGGCAAGGCAACAUGCGUUAGUGUUCAAAAACGAGGGAAAUGCUUUUAUAAAGGAGAAGAAGUAUACAGAAGCUGUAGAACGUUAUUCCAAAGCCAUCGAAUUAGAUGAUACUCAAUCGAUUUAUUUCUCGAACAGAGCUUUUGCGAGACUAAAGCUCGACAACUUCCUCACAGCAGUGGAGGAUUGUGACAAAGCAAUUAAUCUCGAUCCCAAGAACAUCAAAGCACUCCACAGGAGAGGUCUUUCGCACGUAGGCCUGUUGAACUUUUCUCUUGCACGUAAAGAUUUCAAAAAACUUUUGCUCCUGAAGCCAAAGGAACCCACUGCUGUAAAGGCUUUGGAGGCCUGUGAGAAAUUCAUUCGACAGGAAAAGUUUAAUAAAGCAAUCAGCGGUGAUGGCGAUGAAAUCAAAGUCAACUUGUGCGCCAAAGUACAACUGUCCUCAUUUGAUGGUAAUGCCGACAUUUUGAACUACCAAGGGCACCAACUUGACAUCUCACAACUGACAAACGAGAGACAGGAACCCACAGGCGCUCUAAUAACCAACAUGUCUCAAGAGUUUAUUUCCUACAUGGUCAACGAUCUAUUUUUAAAGGGCAAAAACUUACCCAAGAAAUAUGUUGCUGCUAUUGUGUCGCACGCAGAGCGCCUUUUCCAUCAAGAACCACCGGUAGUUGAGCUCAGCAACGACUCGGAGACUGACGUCAAGAUUUCAGUCUGUGGGGACACUCAUGGUCAGUUCUAUGAUGUUUUGAACAUUUUCAAAACGUUUGGUAAAGUUGGCUCCAAACAUUCUUAUUUGUUUAAUGGCGAUUUUGUAGACCGUGGGUCAUGGUCUUGUGAAGUGGCUCUUUUGUACUACUGUCUGAAGAUUCUAUUUCCCAAUAACAUGUUUAUCAACAGGGGAAACCACGAAACAGACAACAUGAACAAAAUCUACGGUUUUGAAGAUGAGUGCAAAUACAAGUACUCUCCAAGGAUAUUUGAAAUGUUCUCUCAAAGUUUUGAGGCCCUUCCUUUGGCGACAGUCAUCAACGAAAAAUACCUUGUUAUGCACGGCGGGUUGAGUGCCGAUCAGUCCGUGACUCUGGAUGACAUUAAGAAAAUUGAUAGAUUUUCUCAACCACCAAGGGACGGUCCAUUCAUGGAGCUGCUGUGGUCAGAUCCACAGGCCAGUAAUGGCCUUGGACCUUCUGAACGUGGGCUCGGACAUUCAUUUGGACCUGACAUAACGGCCAGUUUUCUUGCGAAAAAUAAACUGUCCAAAAUAUUCAGAUCUCACGAAGUUAGAAUGGGAGGUAUCCUGUUUGAACAUGAAAAAAAACUGGCUACAGUUUUCAGCGCUCCAAACUAUUGCGAUUCACAAGGCAACUUGGGAGGUAUUAUUCACGUUGUCCCUGGAAUGGGUAUCAUUGGUCAAAAUGGAAAUGAUGAUGAGGACCUAAUAGUAGAGACUUUUGAAGCGGUAAAGCAUCCUGAAAUUAAACCCAUGGCUUACUCAAAUGGUGGGCUGGGAUUUUAG